CACAUACGCCGGGAAGAGUUUGCUACAGGCCGUUCCAGCAAUCCACACAGCUUUGUGAAGUUGAACCGCGUCGCGCCGCGACACGACGAGUCGAACCCCCCAUCUCGACGAAAUCGAGCGCGGGAGCACGAGCUGAAGCCAUCGCGACACUGGUUUCGAGUCGCCGCCGCUCGUCGCCAACAUGUUCGGAAUCCUGGGCGCUCGCGACCGCAACGACGGCACCGAGGAGUACGCCUCGUUCGACGAGCUCUUCGCCGCGCUCAAGUCGCGUAUGCAAAAGGACGGAUACAAGGUCGUCAAGUCGCGCACCCAUCGCAACAAGGUCGGCGGCACUUACGAGAAGGGCAGCGAGGUCGUCCGAUGCGAUCUCGUUUGUGACCGAGGUGGACAGCCGUACAAGUGCACUGCGACGCAGCUCAAGACGUCGACCAAGAAGACGAACUGUCCUUGGAAGGCCAAAGCCGUCAAUCGCAAGACACUGGGCAAAUGGAUCUUGACAAUCAUUUGCAGCGAACACAACCAUGAGGCCCGAACGCCCGAUCCGCCGACCGACGAGGAAGAUGCCGAUGCUGAGGGAGACGCCGACAUAGUCCAGGAUACGCCAGCUGUACCCGAGGCACAGAGUACAGGCCCGACUCCGGAUCCCACAACAGCCGCUCUUCUUGCCGUCGUCGGUGUCACUCCCAGCACGAUGCGCCUUACCGGAGACACAUUCCACAACUUCAAGACGGAAUAUCGGAAGAUGGCGAAGCCAGAGCGCCUGGCCACACUCGCACAGAUGCAACUGCGCAUCGCCGCCAUAUACGCUGUCGAAAACGAAGACAUGCAACGGCAAGAAAGGCAGGCCAGACAGGAGAAAAAACAUCAAGAGGUUGAGCAGAACCGACGCAAGUCGCAAAGCGUUCAGCAAUCCCAGCAGCAGCAACCACCACAGCAGCAGCAACAGCAACAGCAACAACAUCCAUCACAACCGCAACCGCAGCCGACACAGCCGGCGCAGCCGGCGCCGCAACAGCAAACGAUGCCUCAACAACAACAGCACCAGCUCCAGCACCAGCAAGUUCAACAUCAACAACACCAGCAACACCCGCACCGUCAACAGCACCAACAACCACAAAUACAAAACCAUAAUCAUGGCCACAACCACAACCAUAGCCACGUCCAGCAGCAGAUGAGCCAGAUGUCUCGGGACGGCAUGGCGGGGAUGCCGAAGCAUCCGUUCGAGCAGAGCGGGCACGACGAGCACGCGCAGUAUAGAGACCGGCAAGCCGAGAUGGAGGAAAGGAACCAGAGGACAAUGCAGAUGCGCGGGCAGCAAAUGAGCAAUGCGUUUCAGCAAAAUGGCGUUCAGCAGACGCCCAUUCCCGUCCCCCAGUUCGGCAUACAGUCCAACAUGCAGUCUGCGCCGCCCAAUGCGGCCGUGUUCCGGCACUACGCGGCGGCGCCCGCCAACAGUGCCGUUCCACAAGGGGCAGCUGGAGGAUCACCGGCGACGGGGCCGAAGCGGCGCGGCCGGCCUAAGAAGACAGCCAUGGACCAGAGCCUCGAUGCCAGUCUUCACAUGACGAGGUAGUAUUGCGUUGGGCUGUGAUGGACCAAGAACAGUGGCUGUGGACUUGAGAAAGAGAAGGAAGAGGAGGCUCAGUGUGUAGCACGAGCGGGGGCCCUUGAAUUAUACCAGAUGGAUGGACGGUUGGAUGGACGGAUGGACGGAGGACUUGGGCGAUGGCGUUUAUUAGGACAUCACAUCAGCGCAACAAGCUGAACGGACACAAUUUCUUUUUUCCUUUCUGUUAUUUAAUUUCUUCUUGCUGCAAAAGCGCUUUCCGGGAGUAAGAGGGAGCUACAAGGAUGGCUUGCUCUCGGAGUUUAUCUUCAUCUGAACCAUUGGGAGGGGGAUACUACUUUAAAGGGGUUGAAUGGUGGAGGGGGAUCUCUUUAUCUUAUCUUAUCAACUGCUUUCGAAUUAACAGAGACUCCCCUUGACCC